GGUCCAUGUUGCAUUUUACUCCGCAUAGUUUCUUACCCGCUCACCCCUAAUAUCAUUUUUGUUAGCGCACAAGUAUCCUGCGUGUAUUUUUAAAUUAAGAGACAAUAACUGAUGUUAUUACCUCUGCAGCCAGCAAAACCAAAGCGAGUUAAAGGAACACGAAGCAAUAUUCUUAAUUUAAAUAUGGCAAAUGAAUGCGCAGAAAUGGAGGAUACAUUGCAAAGCAGUGUAGAAAGGGAUGAAAAACAAGGUGAAAGUGAUGAGCUUCAUCUGUCAGCAGAAACAUACCAAGAUGACCUACCUGAGACAUCCUUCAAAAUAAAAGACCCCAACCUGAUGGAUGCCUACAAGCAAGCAGCUCCCGUCCUAUUAAAUGAAUUGGCUCACCUACUUUCACAACAUAACUGGACAGAGGAGGGGUGUAUUCCUCAUGGGAUAGUCAAUAUUUUGAAUUACUCUUGGCAAGACCUGACAGCAGGGGCCGUGCACUUGAAAAGUCCUGAGCAGACUGAGAUGGAAGAAAAAUUCAAAUGUUCCCCAUUGCUGGAGGAGGAGGGUUGUUCCAAUCCAGUGUCCGCCAUUGAGAGGAGAGAGUCUGGAGGAAGAAGCUCCCCUGUCGCUGGAGUGAGAAAACAAGAAGUUGGCUCAAAGCAGCUCGCCAAUAAACGAAAUCCUAAGACAGCUCACAACCUCACAACCUUCAGUUUCUCCUUCCCCUCUGACAGCAUAAAAGAUCCAGGUUGGAUCAUCCAGCCAAAGCAGCCCUCCUGUGAUGAGCCUCAGCGGAUCAGUUUGUGUCAGUGGGUGGUGGAGCGGCUCCAGGCGGCAAGAGAUCCUGAAAACCUACAAACAACUGAGCAGGGCCUGAACCAGCUCAUAACACUCCGUUACUAUGGUGAAAACCUGGCAGACAAGAGACCAAGGAAAAAGGCGCAGCCCACCACUCUAGCCAACAGGACGUCUCAGAUACCAGAAGCAAAGCAGCAGAAUUCAGCUCGUCAGAGGCUUCAUUACAAGAUCAAGGAUGGUUCCUCGUUCAUAUACUACCGGUCAGGUUGUAUGGCUGUAUGUCAGAGCUGCUCUGGUCUGCCCUGUGGAGGCUUCUACACCAACGUGUUCAGUGACAGCAAGUGUCCCGUCAUUAUGGCCACUAUCACAGCAUUUGGGCACGGCACAGUUAGUUCUGCUAUUUCAGCUGUGUGGGACCAGGAUGGAGGAUUCGUGUCAGACCAUCAGGGAAACAUCACCAAGGAGUGGAGCUGGCAGGAGUACCGCACACCAAGGGAGAAGAUUGUUAUACAGGUGUCAGAUCGCAUCAGUGUUAGGCUGCUCAGUGGUACCUCUGCUGUGCUCUGCUUCAGGUGUGACAGGGAAAGCAUUCAACUUCGACUUUCUGCCUUGGUGAACGUUCACAAGUCAAUGAAAAUGGGGCAGCCAUGUUUACGGACAAAAGAAAAUUUCACAUCUGAUUUUGCUGAAGACCUCCUGCUGCUGACGACGACAAAAUCCCCUGCUGUGAUUCUAGGGAGCAAGACAAACCUGAUAUUAACUCCUAUGGUCACGGAGGUAGAGGAGCUGGAGGAGCAGUCAGGUCAGUUAAGAAGAGGAGGGCAUGUUAGCAGAGAGCUGAAGAGGCUUAAGGAAAGAGUACGCAACAUUGUUGAUGACUGGCUGGAUUAUUAUCGUUCAGCCAUCGGGAUCAAGUGUCCUGGUGUGGAGCGGAUGCCAGAUGCCCCGCUGAGGACCAGGCUGAAGAGGGAGGUACAGUCAGCUGCUCUGCCCUCUCUGAACCCACCUGAGCGAGCAGAUGCUGAACCAGUCCAGCUGAAGGAUGGCAGGAAUGAGUUACAGAAGCCGCACAGGCAUCUGUCAGCACCAGCAGAAAGACCUCUGGACACAGUCGUCAAGCUGCCAAGGUCAGUGAUCAUUCUGAGUUGUCCAGAUCCACAGCCCUCUGAUGUCCCCAGCUGUCCAGCCCCACCACCAUUCACCCCUUCCACCCCCCUCACAGUGUGCCCGGCUUUGCUUAGAGCUGCCCUGCUGGGGGAGGAGGGGCGCAAGCGAUGCUGCUGCAGCGCUACUCUGAUGCCAGCUUUGACAGACCUGGAGUACGAUGCCUUCAUCAUGGGCCAGCCUCAGCACAGUCAACAGAUCCUGGUGGUUUGUGUGACUCCGCUGCCCCAACCUGUCAACACACAUCCACCGCAAAACCAGGUUGUGCUGGAGCAGCUCUACAAGAAGAGGAACAGGCACAGAACCACGCCAUGUACUCAGUGCCAGAUGGAUUCAUUUCGCCUGCUGCGGUAUGAGAUGUCAACAAGAAAAACCAGCUGUGGAGAGGAGAGCCUCCUGCUGCAGCAGAGACACAACGCUGCUCCUGGCAUGGUUCUGAUGUACAUUAGAGGGAAGCUGCUGUUUGUGGGCUACAUAUUCAGUGAUCACAGCUGCUCUGUCAGGGACCUUGAAAAUCAAAUCUCCAGAAGCAGGGGAGACUACAGAUUAGGUCUGAGCCUCCCUUUGGACUACAAGUUCAGAGAUGCUGCUAAUGCCUCUGCAGAAGAGGAUGAACACAAAUCACAAGAUGAAAUACCAAAAGAAGGGAAGGACCUAAUUCUGACUGCAUCUGUGGAAAUUGCAAAUAUCAAUAAAAGGAAAUACAACCAAGUCCCUCGAGUGUCACACCAAAAACAAAAGGACGCUCGCAUCAAGCCAAAGAAGGCUCCAGCACUUCCUCCUAUUCCUGUUAUUACAAACUGAUUGUGUUCCAGUGAUAAGA